AUGAGAUUAGCUGCCAACGUUGAUGGUACGCUAAAGUCCUUUGUUUCGCUAGUAAAUUCUUGCUCCAUUAACAGAGAUUUGCGGGCUGCAAAGCUAGCGCAUCUACAAAUCUUGCAAUCCCCACACAGAAACGACCGCUUUCUGGCAAAUUAUCUGAUCAAAAUGUACGGCAGGUGUGGUAGUGUUGAAAAUGCAAGAGAUGCUUUUGCCAGCAUCAAAGACCCAAACUUGUUUUCUUGGAGUUUGAUGUUUACAGCAGUUGCCCAGAACCGGCAUUUAGAGUACGCUCUAGAAAUCUUCCAUCGAAUGCCAGAGAGAAACCUAGUGAUUUGGAACACACUAAUGCUCGCUUACUCCGAUAUCUCGCAACACGAUAUAGCGGAGAAUAUCCUGAGCAUAAUGCCCGAGUGGGAUAUCGUGUCCUGGAACUCCAUGCUCCAAGCAUAUGCCAAAAAAGGGUACCUGGAGCGCGCAAAGAUUCUCUUCGACGACAUGGGCGAGAGGGACGUGGUGUCGUGGACGACGAUGAUAUCCGCAUAUUCCUCGUGUGGGCUCGUCCACGAUUCCUUGAUGCUCUUUACGAAGAUGCCAGGGAGGAACCAGGUAUCUUGGAAUUCCAUCACGCACGCGUUUGCUCUCAAUGGCUGCGUGGGCGAUGCCAAGCGCUGCUUCGAUCGGAUGCCCGAGCGCAAUCUCAUCAGCUGGACGGCGCUGGCUGGCGUCGAUCCGGAGCUCGCGAUGGAGCGGAUCCCGGCGUGGCCGGGCGCGUCAAUUCUGGGCUUGAUCUCGGGCUAUGGAGAGGCCGGGGAGCUGGACAGAGCCCUGGCGAUCUACAGCGCCAUUCCGGGCGAGGAUCUGGAGCUCUCGACUAGCAUGAUCCACGCGUAUGCGCGCAAUGGGGAGCUGGAUCCGGCGAUGGCUUUGUUCGAUCGAAUGCGGCAGCGGGAUCUCGUGGUGUGGUCGCUCAUGGUGUCGGCGCUCGCGCAUCACGGGCGAUUAGCGGCUGCCGGGGAUUUCUUCGCCAGGAUGCCCGAGAGGAGCAUCGUGGCCUGGAGGGCGAUGAUCCAGGGGCACGCGCAGAGCGGGCGAUCGCAGGAUGUCGCGAGGAUUUUCGAGGAUCUGCCUCAGAGGGACGCUCUCUCCUGGACAUCUUUGAUCGUCGCGCAUGCCAAUUGUGGGGAUCUCGCGAAAACAAGGCAGUGCUUUGAAAGAUCUCCCGAAGUAACGGUGGUAGCGACUUGUGCUAUGAUCAGUGUGCUUGGAAGGUACGGUCAUGUAGAAGAGGUCAACCUAUUAUUUAAAUCCGUACCAAACGAAGAUCCAAUGGCUUGGACUGUCGCUAUAACCACAAAUGCCAAGUGUGGGCAUUUAACUAACGCAAAGACCUUGUUUGACAAAGCGACAAAGAGAGACGUUAGGGUAUGGGAUGCCAUUAUAGGGGCAUUUGCACAAGAAGCGUAUUUAAGCAGGGCGUUAAUUGUGUUUAGCAAGAUGCCAUGUUGGGACGUAGUAGCCUGGAACACCAUUAUCACCGCAAAUGCCCUCAAGGGGCAUCAAGAGGAAGCGUUGGAUUUCUUCGCGAUUAUGCCCCAGAAGAACGUGGUGUCGUGGACGGUCCUGAUCGCCGCGAAUUCCCACGCGGGAAGGUGCAGGGACUCCAUCGCGAUUCUCCACUCGAUGCAGCAGUGUGGAUUCCUCCCCGACGACACCACAUUCACGAUCGUCUUGCUCGCGUGCGCUCACGCGGGGCUCCUGGACGAGGCGCGCUGGUGCUUCGAGCUCAUGGUGCGCGACUACUCGAUCCAGCCCACGCGCGAGCACUUUGGAUGCCUGAUCGAUGUGCUCGGCAGGAGUGGAUCGCUGGGCGACGCCCAAGCGCUCAUCGAUGUGAUGCCCUACAGUGCCGACAAUGUGGCGUGGGGGAUGUUCCUCAGCGCUUGCCGGCUGCAUCGCGAUGUGAUUGGAGCCAAUUGCGCGGCGGAUCGUGCCAUCGAAUUGGCGCCCACCAUCUCUUCCUCGUAUGUGAUGCUCGCGAGCUCUCUGGUUUGA